ACUAUAGUUAUUUUUACUAAUAAAUUAGUAGUACACGUCUGAAUGAUUAUUUAACACAUGAUUUCAUUCAAUUAUUUCUAACGUAUUGUUCAUCUAUUUUCAUUGACUUAAGAUUUAAUUUCAAUCCAUUGUUUCAAAUUCUCAGCUUAAUUGACUGAAUUAUUAUCAUUAUUUUUAUUGUUUCUUUUCUGUACAAAUUCUUAUGGGUCUAUCUCGACCCUUAAUCGUUCAAUGAACAUUACCCCCAGUAAUUUUGGUUGUUCAAUUGCUCGAACCGUUCAAAAACUGCUCAACGAACUUUAGAACUUCUUUUAUUCGUCACAAACACUAGUUGAGAAGAUAUGCGAUUAGGAUAUAAUAGAAAAAUCGUAGUUUUUCACACAAUAAACCUUGAACCAUUGUCCGGCGAACAUUCAUUGUUGUUGCCUCCCACUCUGCAUACGAUAUAAAAAAGUAUCUCUCCUGUGUUGAAUUAGUUCAUACACUAGAUGUGCUCUGAUAAUAUUCCUCGAUUACCAAAUUUUUAAAUAGAAAUCUUUUGAAUAUCAUUUCAAUAAUUUCAUUGUUACUGUGGCAUGGCGUUGGCAACAGUAAUUGAAUAAUGUUUAUUAUUUUGAUAGAAAAGAUUGAUGUCAACAGGUGCUUUUGCACCAUUUAAUAACUUUCUGGGUUAAUUGAUUUUUGAUCACUGACUGCGUGUUUUUUAGAUGUUUUGGGAUAGUUGUCUUCGUCGGUAUUUAAUCAGCUGUCAUUAAACGUUAAUUAUCGAUUUUUGAGUUUGCCACGAGGACUUUCUAACCUCUGGCCACUCACGAACAUGAGAUACUGAAUUUUGUUAGAAUAAGUAGACAGUCGUUGGAUUUGUACAGAUUGUAUUAGAUUUAUCCAUUAUGUCAGCAGUAUUAGGAAUUUGUUUAGUGGUUUUUGUACUUGUGCUGGUGAUUUUGAUUGCGAAACAGUUGUUGUGGAGGCGUCAAUUGAGGAGUGUGGAGGGAAAACAUGUUGUGAUCACUGGAGGCUCCAGUGGAAUAGGAAGAUCCAUAGCCCUUCUAGCAGCAAAACAUGGUGCUCAUGUGACAUUAAUCGCUCGAAACACAAAGAAACUUGAGGCAACGAGGAAUGAACUCGUCGAGGUUUCCAAAAAUCGAGAAAUUCAGAAACAUGAAAUUCUGUCAUUGGAUAUAACUGUGGGCUACAAUGCCGUCGAAAAGGCCUUGAGCGAUGUAGAGAGAACAAUGGGGCCUAUUUAUAUGCUUGUGAAUUGCGCGGGUACUGCCAUUCCUGGUAAACUAGAGGACACAACUCCCGACAACUUGAAGUGGAUGAUGGAUCUCAAUUUCAUGGGAACUUUCUAUUGUAUUAAAAGCGUUGUACCAAAGAUGAAGAGCGCCAGGGAGGGAAUCAUUGUCCUAACUUCGUCACAAGCAGCAUUACUUGGAAUUUUUGGAUACAGUGGUUACUGCAGCACGAAAUUCGCCCUCCGAGGUCUUGCAGAGAGUCUAGCGAUGGAAUUGAAACCCUACAAUAUUUUUGUUACCCUGUCAAUGCCUCCUGACACUGACACUCCUGGUUUCGCGGUCGAGGAAUUAACAAAACCUGUUGAGACGAAAUUAAUCUCAGGAUCUUCGGGGGCAGUCAGUCCCGAUACAGUAGCUAGUCAACUUUUUGAGGAUGCUUUGUCUGGGAAAUUCUUCUCUACAAGUGGAAUCGACGGAUUUAUGCUGACUAUGUUGUGCAGUGGAAUGUCUCCAGUCUCAUCAUUCACACAAUUGGUUCUCGAAGCACUGCUCAUGGGCCCCUUCAGGCUCGUCGGCGCAUGCUAUUUGGCCUCUUUUGACAAGAUUAUCAAGGAUUACAUGAAACGUCGAGAUCAAAAUAAAAAAUCUGAAUGAUUAGCAAAUAAAUAGAAAACAAGAUGCAUGUACUUGAUGCUUUUUGUUAUUUUUCGUCAAUCUUAAAUUCAGAAUAAAAUACCAAUGAAGGCAUUUGAACGAUGACUGUACUCGUGAGAACUUGUGACGGAAUUCGUUAAAAAUAAAUAUAAAUAUGUCGUACCCAUC